AUUAAUUACUUAAUUAAGGCAUUUUCGCAUAUACGUGGAUUAUAUCUUUUCUUAGUUGGAACUUCUUAUGGUUAAGUUGAUCAAGCUACAAGGCUGAUUACGGGUAAUUACAAUGAAUACACGGCUAAUUACGUCAUUAACAAAUCAAUACUCAUAAUUAACACGGGAUGCUCGUUUUCUUAACCAGUAAGCUAGCUGUUGAACCCUCUAAUCAUCCAUAUAUAAGCACAUCAUAAGACCAACUUAUUAUUCAUAACUCAUUCCAUUACCAUUACAUUGGUUAAUUAAAGAGAGAGAAAGAAGAGCUACACUAAAGACAGAGAAAGAUCAAGUGUUGACUUUUGAGUUCAAGAAGAUUGUUGUUGGUGAUCCUUUCAUCUUUUUCAGCUAGCAUCAUGACAGACGACAUUGGACCUAUGAGAUGCCUUUGUUACCGGAACAAAUAUCCUGAGCUAAAACAACACAUGAAGACCUACAAUUGUAACGGGUGUAGGAUGGAUGGGCGUGGAGAAGGAUAUAUGUGCGACGAAUGUGACUACACACUCCAUUCGCAAUGUAUGUAUCCGUCAAACAAAAUAACUCCUUCCUUCUCACGAGGCGAUGAUAUAUUUGAAUUCAUGAAGGAACCUCUUUCAACAUCAGGACAGGGAAUUAGAUACUGUGAUGCUUGUGGAAUGAGGAUUAAGGGAUUCGUUUACCAUUGCUAUAAGACGGGUUUUGAUUUGCACCCUUGUUGUGCUAGCUUGGGAACUCAUUUGGAGAUUGAUGGACAAAGGCUUACUCUCAAAAAAGAAAGUUCACAAAACAAGUGUGACUUGUGCAACUUGGAUGGUGUAAACAAGAGUGGUAGAAUUGAUUUUGGAUGGUUCUAUGCAUCUAAGAACAAGGAUUAUAAGUAUCAUGUUUCUUGCAUUAUGAUUUUGGCUAUCAAACAUUCUAUUAGUGGUGGUUCCGCUUUGGCAAAGGUGGAGUCGCUACCGAUAGUUGAGAAGAAAAGACGUGGUAAAGAUGGGAGCAAAUAUUGGAAAGUACUAAAAGCUAUUGUCACAUAUGUCAUAGCUAUUGUUUUUGGCGACCCGACUGCAAUUGUGGCUAAGUUGAUUGUAGAGAGUGUUGUGCAACUCGGGGAGCUUCUGUAAAAAUGUCUAUUGUUUGAACUUUGCCUUCUCUAGCUAGAUAUUUGAGGGGGGUUUUUUUUUUUAAAAUGUUUGAAAAUAUUUGUACAUUGCUUGUACAUCUAGUUACACAAUACAUGUAUUCAUUGUAUAUAAAUAUAAUGUAUAUUUUGUUCAACAAUGAAGUAAGUUGAAUAAAAUUUGUAGCAUUUAUGCAAUUGUGUACAUAUUA